AUGAUGCUGGACACGAUCGCCAAAUUACUACAUUCGCAUCCUCUGGUGCUGGACGGUAGCUCCCGACUGUACACCACAUCACUUAUCGAUCUAGACCCGAUUCGAACUGGGCGAGCUGAGUCCGGUUCCCCUUAUAACGAUGCCACAUCCGAAUGGGAUAAUAUUAAUGCAUCCCCAAUGCUAUUCCGCGAGAAUAGCUAUCCGGACACGAGCAAUAUGGGGUCCAAGGUACAAGGAUCUCCGACUGUGGUUGGAUGGCACAGACAACAACAACAACAACAAAAUCCGAACAACGCGAUCAGUCGUGUUUCCACAAGCGACCAGAUUCGGGAGCGCAUUCACCUGUAUCGUAAAUUGAUGUCACCAAAACAGUGGAAACAGUUUCUCGCACAAACCCUACCCGGACAGAGUAACGCACAAUUCAAUCUUGCCCUGUUUGAGGCUUCGGUUAUCGGGGUUCGCCGAGCUGUAGCCGAGUGUCGAUAUCAAUUUCGGAACGAACGAUGGAACUGCAGUCAGGUUCCCAACACAGACACAGUGCUGUUUGGAAAUCUGCUUCUCAAAGGCAUACCCCAAACAGCCUUCGUUUAUUCCAUCAUCAACGCCGGGAUUGUGCAGUCAGUGGCAGAAGCCUGCCUAAGUCGCAUCGAUAACUGCCCGUGUAAUAAUCAGGGCCGUGAGACGUCCACAUCAAAUUGGCAAUGGCAAGGAUGCGAUCACAAUAUUCACUACAGUCGAAAAUUUUCCCGACGACUUUUGGAUACCAUGGAACAAGGUUCACACAUCCGAUUCCGUAUGAAUUUACACAAUAACAAAGUUGGACGACAGCUCGUAAUGAGAAAUAUGGAACGGUAUUGUCGAUGUCACGGAACCAGUGGGUCAUGUACCUUACGCACAUGUUAUCGGCGUACACCUCGAAUGCGCACAUUAGGAAAUCUGCUGAAGCAAAUUUACGAGACCAACUCAAUUCGCAUCGAUUCGGAAACCGUGCUUAUUGGAACCGAACCAUCACGAAAGAGAACAAAGGAAAAAACUAUGAAAGAUAAUGAUCAUCCGUCGCUUGAGUCAAAGGAUUCCGUUCGAAAAGUGUACGGACAAGAUGAAAGUGUAGAACAGUGGAAGAGUGCGCUUCGAUACGCGUCAUCCCUGCAGUGGCCGGACUCUACACGUAUCUAUUUGAACGACGAAUCGGUGGGUCAGAACUCGCGAUUGGGACAACUCAUCACUGGGUCUGACUUGUUUAAUUUGCCAAACAAGACUGACCGGAUCAGACAUACGCAAUUGGUCUAUUAUGAGACAGUACCGCACAGCUUGUUUUGCGAAGCCAAUUCCCGUUUGCACAUUCCUGGCACGCAUCAUCGCCUGUGCAAUUCCACAUCUACCGGUCCGGAUAAUUGUGCCCAAUUAUGCUGCGGUCGGGGUUUUCUCACGAAUCAUUACUAUGCGAUGGAAUCGUGCAAUUGCAAAUUUAUUUGGUGCUGUCGCGUCCAAUGUCAGCAAUGCUUGAUUCUUAAAAAGAUGGAAACUUGUUUAUGA